UUAAAGAGAAGGCGUCUGGUUCGACACCUCAAAACUUAUUUUGCCUUAAGCAUCUCCGACUUAGUUUCCAGGUCCAACGCCUCUUCUCCUCUCCUCCUCGCUUCCUUCUCACGCAACCUUCGAUCCACCGCAGCUAUGAAGAUCACCGCCUUACUGGUUCUCAAGUGCGCUCCCGAAACUUCUGAUCCCGUUAUCCUCGCCAACGCUUCCGACGUCUCUCACUUCGGUUAUUUCCAGCGAUCUAGCGUCAAGGAGUUCGUCGUCUUUGUCGGUCGCACUGUCGCCAGCCGAACCCCUCCUUCCCAGCGCCAGUCUGUCCAACACGAAGGAUGUGCACCUUUUCUGAUUCUAGAUCUUCCUGGAUUAUGCCCCGGCUUUAAUUUCACGCGAUUGCAGCUUUUUGUUCACGCUUACAAUAGAAAUGGCCUUUGCGCGGUGGGGUUCAUGGAUGAUCAUUAUCCUGUUCGAAGUGCUUUUUCUCUUCUUAAUCAGGUCCUAGAUGAGUACCAGAAGAGUUUUGGUGAGGCAUGGAGGUCUGCAAAAGAAGACUCCAGUCAGCCUUGGCCAUACUUAACUGAAGCUUUAAACAAAUUUCAGGACCCAGCAGAGGCUGAUAAGCUGUUGAAAAUCCAGAGGGAGUUGGAUGAGACCAAGAUUAUCCUUCAUAAAACCAUUGAUAGUGUUCUAGCCCGUGGUGAGAAGCUGGACAGCCUAGUGGAGAAGAGCUCAGAUUUAAGCAUGGCAUCACAGAUGUUUUACAAGCAAGCGAAGAAAACAAAUUCAUGCUGUACUAUUCUGUGAGCUGCUUGCUACUCUGGAAGAGUCCUGGGUAUAUAGUCAACCAAACUUUUGCUGGGGGGAGACUGUUUUUCUAUCGUCUAUCUACUAUACAUAUAAUUCCGUCUGUAGUUUGCAUGCAUUAUUUGAUAUUCCAUAAGACUCGAGUCGUGUGGUGUGUUUAUCCAAAUACAUAAUGUCACUGCUGCAAGAUUUCAAUUGUGUUUGCCAGAUUAUCUGAUUGAAUUUGUGCGCGCUUCCUUAUG